AUGCCUGAUCAAAUGCUCAUGCAGGCGGGGUCGAAGACCUUGGUCGAUAUACGCAGCCGACCUUUCGCGCUACUUGACUGUAUACUGAAUGUACUUGACGAGACCGAAGAAAUUAUUCUGGUGCAGACAUCCACGGGAACUCUAGAGGCAGAACUGAGCCGCCUGCGGUUGAAGUUCUUUGUGAACAGCGACGGACGUGUGGUUUCCAAGGAGUUUGGUGCUUUCGUUGACUCGACGCAAAGGAUCGGCUGCUUGUAUGGGUUAGUGGAUAAACUUGUCCUCAUUGAUUCUUCGAACGCCAGAUGUGUGAUUAUUCCCUACGGCGAGCCUGUCGUUACUCGAAAGGGUUACCAUGUUUCGUUGAAAGUCAAACGACCGGAAGGGGAUCGUGUGAAGUACAUGGUUUAUUCUAUGGACACUCACCUCCAAAUUCUGCGAUGCUCUGACAGCCUGGCGGCGUUAUAUCAAGCAUAUCUGCAUGCGCUCACGUCCUUUCCUGUCCCUGAUCACUUCACUCACCGUUCAGGCACCGCGGAGGCUAUCCGUAUCCUACGUCAAGGGUGUUUGAGAUCCUCGUUUCCACCCAACAGUGACUGCAUCAAGAACCUCAAAAGAAUUGCUGCCCUCACCCCAGUUCGUGUAUUCUACCCUCCAAAACCCCGUGUGAUGCAGACAGUUGCAUGGUCUGGUAACCUAGGUCAACUCGCUCAAGAUGAUGAUUUCCAGCCCUUGUCGCUAGAAAUCCUCGAGUUCGCUGAUCAAUUCUCGUCAUUUCACGUCACCGAGCCGAGGGCAAGGCAGGUUUCAUAUGCAGGCAGUAUGAAUCUACUGGAACGUGCUCGAUGUCGGAACGAGCAAUUGAGAUGCGCUGAGGUCGGUGGGCCUCCGUCUCUAUGCACGAAGAAAACAUACCCCUCCCGCGAUCAGGACAUCAGGAGCCCGCGCAGCAACAGUGUGUAUGAAUUGACAGCUCUGGUCAGAGACUGGCCUUCAGCAGUGAAUCAUUCGUCUAACGUUGUGGAGACAAUGAGGAAAUUCACAAAUGUCUCAACCCACUCACCCAAUUUGAGCCACUCUUCCUGCUCUCAGCUUAUGGGCUUAUCGACCGAAAGUGACUGGGUAGCCCUCUACAACUUCUGUCGCUCGAAAUCUCGAUCUCGUGACACCUAUUCAUUAAUCUCCGUUUUUGCUAAGGUCGGUUUCGGUGGCAUCAUUGAUCAAUCUGUCCUUCUCCAAUUACUCUCGAUUGCUUUCUCAGCAAGUUGCCGUGAGAUUCCUUGGCCAUGCAGUCAAGUGACUUCUUUCGAUCUGACGAUGGGUGAGGACUUCGACAUCCGGAAGAUUGAAGACGCAAUCUGGGAGUGCUAUACGCCGUUCACACCUAGCACCGACCACACGAGACCAAACCAAUUUCAGGCGGACACAGAUGCUAGAAAGGAGUGGGCUGAUCGGAGACGCCAGGUUGUAGGGUAUUGUGGACGCCAUAUACAAGACCAGUGGCCUACCAGAACUCCCGGACUUCCAUCUCAAAGCUCAGUUUCGUUGGUUAGGAGAGAAGCGGCACAGCAAAAAUGUCAAUCUCUUUGUAGCACCUGGGUUCAAAACGGUGAAUUUCUCGGCUUCCUACGACAAGUGCAGGACAAGGCCCCUCCCUCGGGCAAUGGGAAGGCUAAGGCGCAGGCCAUUUCCAAUCCCCCCACUUGUUGCAAUGAUGUAGAGCACAGCCUAUUCAAGCCUCCCGGAAUUAUUGAGCUCAUUCAAGAGUCUCCGCUAAUGGGUCAUGAGGCUGAGUGUGUCUCAUUUACGUAUCGUGGGGCGUCGUUGAUUCCGAGGCCGACGCCCGAGCUUCGGGCACUGGCGGAGUACUUCAAAACAAAUUCGGACAUAUGCAAGCAAGGCUAUGGCAAUGAGCUUGCUCGUAGCAUCCAGGCCUUGGAGGCUCUUUCGAACUCCGCAGCUGAAGCGGAGGACCCAGAAGGAUGUGUAUCUUUCAACUGGCAGGAAGCCCGGAGUGAGAUAGUCUCCCAUCAACAGGGCCUCAAGACUCAGAGGGACACACUCUGGGGUGUCAUUAUUGCAGCUUUGAGAGACGGUUACUCCAUAGUAGGGUUUGAUACUGUCUGUCCCUCCAUCACGGUUUGGUCUGUCUUGGCCGUCUUGGGCUCUGACCAGUGGACCAUGAUUCCUGAUCAAUGGAGGUUAUUGCUUGUGGCAUUCGGAAAAUCAAUUUCCACCUUGCGCCGCUGCGAGCGAUUAAUCUCUUGUAUUGAUAUGCGAGACCUCGAUGGGUUCUUCAAGGAGGCAGAGAAUCCAGGCUAUGAGGGGUGGGAACCCUCGGCUCAUCCAACUUGGCUGCUUCUUGAACUUGAACAAAACAUUACAAUUCGGAAACGUCAAGUGGAAGUUGCAGGUCAGAUAAUUCAACCAGAUUGUGAUGGAAAUGCACUCCUUCAGCUUAACAUGGGCGAGGGUAAAACUACCGUUAUCACGGGGAUGACGGUUGUGCACCUGGCAGAUGGCCGAAUCCUUGUCAGGCUUAUUGUCUUGAAACCUUUACUGCGCCAAAGUGUCAAUGAUCUCUCUCAGCGACUUGGAGGCUUGAUCAAUCGUCGUAUCUACCAUAUACCUGUCUCCCGCAAUACCGAACUCGACGAUUCGACGAUCAGGAAGCUCCAAUCAAUAUAUGGCAAGUGUCUUCGAGACAGAGGCAUUCUCAUUGCCCUUCCUGAACACAUACUGUCUUUCAGGCUCCUUGGUCUUGAUGCUGCAGAAAGCAGUCCGAAUAUCUACCCUUCACUGAUCAAGUUCGAGCAUUGGUUACAACUACACUGUCGAGAUAUCAUUGAUGAAAGCGACGAGGUUUUAGACACCAAAUUCCAGCUUGUUUACACCAUGGGUACGCAGAAAUCCAUGGACGGUCUCAGCAGUCGUUGGGAAACAACACAAGACUUGCUUCGCCUGGUAUCGACACAAGCCAAACGCCUGCAUCAAGAUGAUCCGAAUUGCAUUGAGGUGGAUCAGACAGGUUAUCGCUAUCCGCUUCUGCGGUUCUUGGAAGAUGAUGCCAUUGGGCGACUAUUGCGUUAUAUCCUACAGGAAAUCUCGGAGAACGGGAUCCCUGGUCUACCUUUCAAUCAAUGGACUACAAAGGUCAAAAGCAGCGCAUUGAAAUUCAUCAAAGACCUCGAGCUGAGCAAGGAGGAUGAAGCGACCGUUCGUGGCGAAUUUAAGGAUGGUGUAUUUAUCACCAAGCUGCUUGUUCUACGAGGGCACUUUGCAUAUGGCUUACUCAGGUUUUCACUUGCCAAUAAACGUUGGCUGGUGGAGUAUGGUCUUCACCCAUUGCGGUGUUUUAUGGCUGUGCCAUAUCGUGCGAAGGGUGUCCCGUCUGAUAAUGCGGAAUUUGGACAUCCUGACGUCGCAGUAACUCUGACAUGUCUCAGCUACUACUAUGAGGGGCUGCAAGAGAAGCAGCUGAGAACUUGCUUCUUGCUUUUGGCCAAAGAGAAUGACCCUUCAACGGUGUACCACAACUGGGUCGCCCAAUGUGUUCAUGAUCUGCCAUUCAGCCUGCGAACAUAUUCCGGCGUGAAUCUAGAGGAUGGCAUGGCCUUCAAGAAGGUUUUGUUUCCAAUUCUCCGCUACCAAAAAGAGAUACUUGACUUUUACCUCUCUCGGGUAGUCUUCUCCAGAGAAGCAAAGGAAUUCCCACGGAAGCUCUCGUCUUCGGCAUGGGAUAUCCCUGCACAGCGAGGUCUGCAAUUGACGACUGGCUUCAGCGGGACAAACGAUAACCGUUCUCUUCUGCCACUUUCGAUUUGCCAGCGGGAUCUCCCUGAUCUCCUGCACACGAAUGCUAUGGUUCUCGGCUAUUUGCUGCGAGAUUGCAACAGGCAGUGUGUCAUGGCGCAGGAUGAAAAGGGCCACCAGCUCGGUGUCGAUCAGCUCUUGAAGCUUGUGCUAUCUUGUGGUGAACGUUCAUCAACAGCCCAGCCUGUACGAGUCUUGAUCGAUGUUGGUGCCCAAAUUCUGGAAGCAGGAAACCAAUCAGUUGCCGAGAAAUGGCUGUCAAUAACGACCGUGGACGAGGUUCAAGCAGCCAUCUUUUUCAACGAAAAUGACGAGCUCAUGGUGAUUGAUCGCGACGGACUUAUCGAGACUCUUCUGUCAUCUCCAUUCCGGCAAAGACUGGGAGCUUGCUUGGUUUUCCUUGACCAACACCACUCGCGGGGUGUUGACUUAAAGCUUCCACCCACGACCCGAGCUGCGGUCACCCUAGGGCCACGACUAACAAAGGACAAGCUUGUACAAGUCACUACUGUUUCUGGUGCCCCCCGAGAUGUGUUGAGGUGGUCCAUGCUCCAGACAUGCGAUGCUUUAGACAAUCUACGGCCGCUUUGGGCCAACCAAGGACUCCAGUACUAUCGGAAGAUCGCUCUUUGGGAUUUGCUUGUGAAGGAGAGCAACGCCUCAACGCAGGUAGCAGUCUCUAUGCAGGAACCCGAGGCAAAAACGCUCCUACAGCACUACUUACCUUCCGAUGCUGACCGAUUGAGUGUCUUGGACGACACAGCGCCCAAUGAUUCGAAUAUUGAAGAUGUACGUGUGCUAUUGAACGCUCUACGCUCUACUACAGGCCAGAGCGUGAGCUCUGCUUAUCUUCACGAGGAGCAAGAGAGAGAGAUUGCAUGUGAAGUGGAGCGAGAACGACAGGUCGCCAGACCCCCAAAUUACAUUCCUCACCAGCAUCGACUUCACGAGGACAUCGAAUAUUUUGCCAAGUUCGGCAAGUUCCCUGGAGAUCAUCCGUCCCGAUCUGCCCUUACUUUGGCAUUCGAAGGCCUAGCCAACACAUCUGUUGGUGACACUCAAUAUCCAAACGGGUUAGGGCCUGGGCUCUACUCAUCAUGGGACUUUAUUCAGACUGUGCAAGUACGUGAGCAUGAUAUGGAAGAUGAGUUCUCCAAACCUCCACAUUGGGUUCUCUCAAGUGUGCAUAACAAUGAUCUGGUCAUUGUCAGCCAAUAUGAGGCCAAUGCCGUCCUGCCUAUCGUUCGCCAAUCAAAGCACACCAGGCUGAACAUUUACACAGCACGGUUCACGAAGCCCAUGCGCUCCUUUGGGAAUCUGGAUUUCUUUGGCAUUGGUUCAGGCUGCCCGAUGCCGACUCAGAGAAUGAGAUGCUGUUUGGAGUUGUUUGCUGGAAGUCUAUACUUUGACAACUUCGAAGAAUACAAGUAUUUCCGGUACUUCCUAGGGCUCCUCACUGAGAACUAUGAGAAUAUCCCCCAAGAAGGGAUCACUUCUGAGGGAUUUGUGGAGUUCUUCACUCGCUUUCGGCUACGGUGGCCGCUCGAUUCACCAUUUAUGGUAAACCCUCUGCCCUUUUUGGCUGCUCUGGUGGACAUUCGAACCAGAGGAGGUGGCUAUCAGCAAUCUCAUGUUGGAUCUGUCAUCCGGGCAAUCCAGUUGACCCCGGAGACCUUUUAG